CCCUUGGGGGACCCCAUGGGCCCUCACUUUGUGCCAUUCCCUCCUCACACACACACACACACACACACACACACACACACACACACACACUACUCUCAGGUCUUGGCCCUCUGCCAGUACCCAGAUCUCCUGAGCAGCCCAUCCUUCCCAGAAGAUGCCAAGAAACGGGCAAUGAGAAUCUUGCAGGCCUGUGGGGGCCACAGCUCAGGGUCUUACAGCGCCAGUGCUGGUAUCCAGACGAUUCGAGAAAAUGUGGCAAGGUACAUUGAGCAUCGGGACAGGGGCAUUGCUUCUGACCCUGAGAACAUCUUCCUGUCCACAGGGGCCAGCAGUGCCAUCAUGGCAGUGCUGAAUCUGUUGGUGUCAGGUAAAGGAAAGAAUCGGACAGGGGUCAUGAUUCCUAUUCCCCAGUACCCAUUAUAUUCAGCCACCCUGGCUGAAUUUGAUGCUGUCCAGAUCAACUACUGCUUGAAUGAGGAGCAUCAGUGGGGACUAGAUGUGGCUGAGUUGCAGCGGGCCUUAGGUCAGGCCAAAGCUCACUGCCAACCUCGGGUCCUGUGUGUCAUCAAUCCUGGCAACCCCACAGGGCAGGUCCUGAGCCGUGAGAACAUCGAAGCUGUCAUUCGAUUUGCCUAUGAGGAGCAUCUCUUCCUGAUGGCUGAUGAGGUUUACCAGGACAAUAUAUAUGCUGAGGGAUCCCAGUUUCACUCAUUCAAGAAGGUGCUGAUGGAGAUGGGUCCACCCUAUGCCCAGCAGCUAGAGCUCUAAGGGCUACAUGGGCGAGUGUGGGUUGGGGGGGGCUACACAGAAGUAGUGAAUAUGGACCCUGCAGUAAAGCAGCACAUGUUAAAGUUGCUGUCAGUUUGGCUGUGCCCACCAGUGCCAGGGCAAAUUAUCAUGGAUGUAGUGAUGAAUCCCCCCCAACCCGGGGAGCCCUCUUAUCAGCAAUUCCAACAGGAGAAGAAGGCUGUACUGGCAAGGCUGGCAGAGAAGGCCCAACUCAUGAAGAUUUUAAACAAGCAACCUGGCAUCCAGUGUAACCCAGUGCAAGGGGCUAUGUACUCUUUCCCUCACAUCCAGUUACCCCCCAAAGCACUGCAGCGUGCAAAGGAGCUGGGCCAGCCUGCUGAUAUGUUCUUCUGCAAACAACUCCUGGAGGAGACUGGUAUCUGCGUGGUGCCUGGCAGUGGCUUUGGCCAGAAGGAAGGCACCUACCACUUCAGGAUGACCAUUUUCCCCUUCGGAGAAGCUGAAGAUCUUCUAAAGAAACUGAACCAAUUUUAUGCCAAGUUUACUCAGGAAUAUUCCUAAUGGACAGAGACUGAAGGGGAAAGAGGGGUGGGGACCUACUUCUGCCUGUCCCUUAUCCAGCUCUUCUCUGCAAAUAGCUCUUGGGACCCUGCCUGUUUAUGUUUCCUUCCUUUCCCUGUGACUCCCUCUCCCUUCCCUGGGGGCUGUUGGGGAGAGGGUGAGAAAUACAGGGUGGUGGACAGUGCCCAGAGGUGUGCACAGACUUGGAGAGAGGCGUGGUCCCUGGCAUCUCUCUGAGGAUCCUA